UAUUUUCAUUGCAGCGUAAAGACGCACACAGACAGACACAGGCAGUUGUCCAUUUAGCAACUUAGACUUCAGGAUAUGGCAUUGUUGAGCUGAGCUAUACUCUGCUAUUGAAGCAGGAUUCAUGAUGAAACAUGUACAUCUGUCCUCACAGCUGUGCAGGGCUUAAAAGAGAAGAUGCUGAAAAGAUGGUGUACUCUGCCACCAAAAGAAGGCGAUACAUCACUUUUUGCGUGAGCGUUAUUGUCUGCCUGUUCAUAUUCUCUCGACCGCUGACGCAACGCCUAAUGUUUGGAGAGUGUGCAUGCCAUCAGUGUGUAAUGGAUCUCAGACAUGACACCUGGUUUAGACAGCGCUUCAGUCCGCACACCCAACCUUUACUGACCAAAAAAAACAGUGUACUCAGCAAAGCCCUCUAUCUGUGGUGGCAGAAGCUACAAUUUAAGAGCAAAGUAAACUACACAAUGGUGGCAGAGAUGUUAUUUGCCAUUUUUCCAAAUGAAGAAGAUUAUUCGGAUGCUGGGCCGGGACGCUGCAGGACCUGUGCUGUAGUGGGGAAUUCUGGCAACCUCAAAAGGUCUCGCUAUGGUCCUCUCAUCGAUGCCCAUGAUCUUGUCAUUAGGAUAAACAAGGGUCCGACAGCAGGUUUUGAGCAAGACGUGGGCUCUAAGACCACUCAUCGUAUUAUCUAUCCAGAAAGUGCUGUGGACAUGGACAACUCCACACAUCUGGUUCUUAUUCCUUUCAAGACUCUGGAUCUACAGUGGCUCAUCAGCAUCUUUACAAGCAAACACAUUGAUCGGACAUACACUCCAGUAAAACCUGCAAUAAAAGCAAACAGGGAAAAGGUCAUGAUCCUCCAUCCUGGUUUCCUCAAAUAUGUUCAAGAGCGUUGGCUGCAGAAACACGGCAGAUAUCCAUCCACUGGCUUCAUUACACUCAUAUUCGCUCUGCACAUCUGUGAUCAGGUGAGUGUAUUUGGGUUUGGAGCAGAUGAAUCUGGAAACUGGCAUCACUAUUUUGAAGAAAAUAAGCACAAUCGUAACGCUGGCAACCACGGCGGAAGCUAUGAGUAUCGUAUCACUCUUACCCUUCAUGAGAAAAAAGGAAUCCGGUUGUAUAAAGGAUGGUGAUCGCUUGCGUGAUUUAUUAUUCAAAACUAUGUAAAGCCAUGAGAUGAAUUAGAUGGAGCAUGUCAUAAUGAAUUAAGCAAACGUUGAAGAAAAUGUGUUGUGCAUUUAUGUAUGUAUUUAUGAAAUAAUGCAGUUGCCUCUGUGAUAUUUAAUGAAUUACAUCAACCUGUUGUCAAAAACACCAGCCAUGUCAUUCUAUGUUCGAAAUGACCAAAUAAUGUAAUUGUCAUAUUUAUCUUUAUAAACUUUGCACAUGUAA